AUGAAUGUGAUCAAUUUUAAUACAAUGCUAAGUGAAAAAAAUAAACCAUUAAAAGUGAUUGCUGUUCAAAAGUUUCGUUUUCACAAGUUUUUAAUAAAUGAUGUUGAACAUUGGUGUUGCACCGUCAAAACGUGUAAGUGCUUUGCAAAAGUAAAUAGUCUUAUUGAUAUUGAAAUUGAGAUUUUUAAUGAACAUAAACAUAAGCCAUUACCAGAAAAUAUUUUAACUAGACAAAAAAUCAGUAACAAUUUAAAAAGGAAAGCAGUUGAUUAA